UAUAGGGUUGAAUGUUGAUGUGUCUGUAUCAUUCUCUUUUACUUUAUCGUAAUCCCCCAAAUAUUUAACCCUAAAAUCUAUAAAUUCUUCAUUAAUUCAUUCCUCCAUCAAGCCAAUCCUUGACAGAAAGCAAGCUUGAGAUUUCAUCAACAAUUCAACAUGAGAAAUCCUUCUUCUGGCACUAAAACCCCUUGUUGCAGCAAGGUGGGCAUAAAGAAAGGCCCCUGGACACCGGAGGAAGACGAGAUCUUAUCCGAUUAUAUCAAGAGAGAAGGCGAAGGCCGGUGGCGGACGCUACCAAAGCGCGCGGGUCUCCUUCGGUGUGGCAAGAGUUGUCGUCUCCGGUGGAUGAACUAUCUCAGACCUUGUGUAAAAAGAGGUCGCAUAGCUCCUGAUGAAGAAGACCUCAUUCUUCGCCUCCAUCGCCUGCUCGGCAACAGGUGGUCAUUGAUAGCGGGAAGAAUCCCAGGGCGCACAGAUAAUGAGAUCAAGAAUUAUUGGAAUACCCAUCUUAGCAAGAAGCUGAUUAGCCAAGGAAUAGAUCCAAGAACCCACAAGCCACUAAACCCACUUCCUUCUUCCUCAGAUAUUAUCAGCAAUAAUGAUCAUCAUCUUGCUUCAACUUCAAACCCUAACCCUAAUCCUAAUCCUGAUCCCGUUUCUUCAAAGACAGAAGCAACAGCUACUGAUAGCAAUGAACAUUUCACCUAUCUUCAUCAUCAUAAUCAGAAGCCUCAAGCGGACGAUAACGAGAUGGAGAUGGAUGGUUUCAUGUUGGGUUUACCAACGAACCAUUCUGCAUACAUCAGCCAGGAUAAUUAUAUCGAAACAUGUAACGAAGAUACAUUCUCUUCGUUUCUGGAUUCCCUGAUUAAUGACACGGUGUUCACGGGCCACCAGCAGCAGCAGCCGAACCCAGUUCACCACCUCGCGAAUCCUCAGCAUGGCAACGUGUGGGAAUCUGAAGUUGUCUCACCGAUGGUGGGUUUAAGCGAGGAACAAAGAGCCUUGGAUCGUAGUCAUCAUCAUCAUCAUCAUCAUCACCUUGCAUGAAGCUGAUAAGGAAUAUUGAAUCAAGAUUAAAAUAGGUCUGAUUUGUUCUAUGCAUGAUAUCGUGGUUGUGAUUUUUAUUAUUAUUAGUCUGUUUUUCUUCUGUAUUACUCUACUAGACCUAAUUGGUUUUCAUUUGCGUGCAUGUUGUUGUGUUCUCAAUUAACAUCUACCACUCUUUGUAUUUAAGAACAUAUAGAUACGAAAUUAUUAUUGCAUGAUUGA